UUUCCUUGUUAUGUUUACAGGACCCCAUUCUUUCAAAAUAAUGGUACAUUCCAUUGAAAUGCCUUUGCUGCUGCUGCUAAGCGUAGGCUCAUUCCCAGCCAGUGCUUGAGAAGGGCACAUCCUGCUCUACUGUGAGGUCUGAUCUGCAAAUGGUGCUAAAAAUCCCUCUGCGGAGAUCUGUCAGCCUCAGUCCUGAGCAUCACUCCUCUGCAGCUCCAGCAGAGAUGACUGGACCCACAACACUGAAAAUGGAAGCAAAUAUACUUGUCCUUGGUGCAGAUGGUGUAGGGAAAUCAGCACUAACUGUACGAUUUCUGACAAGACGUUUUAUUGGAGAGUAUGGGGAGCUUGAAUCUAUAUAUAGUCACAAUGUCUGUGUGGAUGGAAAGGAAGUGAUAUUUAAUAUCUGGGACUUUCCAUAUGCAAAGGAUCCAACUGAGGAGAGCUGUGCUGAGGAAGAAAAGCGCAUGCAGUGGGCCGAUGGCUAUGUCCUUGUGUAUAGUAUUUGUGACAGAGCCAGUUUCAAUGUUAUGUGCCAAACAAUCCAGCUCAUCAAAACAGCAAAAGACUGCUUAGGAGCAGAGAAACUUCCUAUUGUCAUUGUGGGGAACAAACGGGAUCUGCAUCACCUACGGGCUGUGUCUAGUGAAGAGGGCAGGCUUUUAGCUCUCUCUAUGGACUGUGACUUUUAUGAAGUUUCAGCAGCAGAAGCAUACCAUGGGGUCCUUAUGGUUUUCCAUGGGUUAGUGGACAAGAUUCGAGAAUCCAAGCUGGUCACAAAGAAGGGAACGGGAAUACGUGGCAUUGUGAAGAGCAUGUCUGCUGUGUUCGCUAGAAGAAGAACAGAUUCUCUCUGAUGCCUCUUAUACAUGACAUGAGUUCAAACCCUCGGGUCAUAUUUGCCUUUAUUAACAAAACUGUGCCUAUAUAUUGAGUUUGAGUCAUUGUUUGUUCUAUCAGUAUUUAUAGAGCUGUAUUGUUGAAUAUAAUCAGCUUCAUAUUCAGUGGAUGUUUACUGUAGAACAACAGCUGUCACUGAGAGAUAAGCUAAUGUAGCGUGUCAAAACAAUCACCAGUUUAAAAUGUUUCUGCAUCAAGGGCCAAUUUGUAACAUUCGCUAAUAUAUAUUGUGUCUAAACACUGAUGGGCAAAGAAAUCACUUAAAAGGAACCCCUGUUGGUAGUACUACUUGAGAGACAGGAAUGCUGCACAUAAUAGCCUGGCUCCGUCAGCAAGGCACUAUUGAAAGCCAACAGCUUUUGCUGGAAAUUAGAACUAUAUAAACGUAUUAGAUGCCACAGGAUAUGACACUAUCUCAAACCAGAAGAGGAUAGCACCUGGAUAUUUUACACUAGUGUCCACAAACCCAACACUUGCUUUCCUGAAUUGUUUUUUACACCUUUAGUUUGUGCAUUUUGGGAACAAGCUAUAUGUGGAGUAUUAAAUGAUUAUAUUAAAAUAUAUCAAAUUAA